UUCCCAUCACUUCCUGUUCCUCAAACGCUACGUCUCUCGUCUGGGCAGAAGGCGGCAGCAGCAGCAGCAGCCUACGCGUAUCCCACAGGUGUGUGUUCCUGACCAAAGCGAGAGCUCCCGAAAAGAUACACACCUGGAAGGAACCAUCAUGUGACCGGCACCUGGGCGUGGAGAAAGUCCUUUGUAUUUCCCUGACUCCUUUUGCGAGUUGCCCGUGUCGUCUUUGAGCAAGGAACUCCCUGUCGGUCGAGCAGUAAUCCUGUUUUCUACGGAAUAGUGCCUUUUUUUUGCAGCCGCCUGUAGACCCGCGAGCAGAAAGAACAUGAGCCUCGGGUUCAUGUGACCGAAGGGACUCCAGGUCUGGACUUCGGAUUUUUGGAACUACUGUUGGUUUCUUCCUCCAAGAGCCGGGCCCUUAAUGAAGCAGAGGGUCAGCGACAGUGUGCGGCUAAUUGGCCAAGUGUGCCCGGGGCUCCGGCUGCCUGCCUUUGAAGUGUCCAGCGAGGCCCCGCCGCGCCAGCCCAACUGUUCCCGCUCCUCCUCCUCCGCCGUCGCCGCCGCCGCCGCCACCACCGCCACGCGGCUCCGUCUCACUCCAGCAGCCCAGACAGCCACAGCACCUCCAGACCUCGCUCCCUAGUGAGUGCCGCUUCCCUUUUCCCCGAUGGCAAGCCGGCUUUCCCUCCUCCUCCCCUUCCUCCUUCCCAUCUGCCUGUCGUUGUCGCGGGGCGAGGAGGAGCUCCAGAAGAUCCCACAGCUGUCCUUCACCACCGAGACGCCAAUCAACAACGUGGUGCAGGACCCGGGCAGCGGGCGCAUCUACCUCGGCGCCGUCAACGCCAUCUUCCAGCUGGGGCCCGCCCUCAACCAGGAGGCGAGGGCCGAGACGGGCCCCAAGCUGGACUCCCGGACCUGCACCCCUCCGCCUUCCGCCUGCCAGGACACCAAACUCAUGCCCAACCUCAACAAGCUGCUGCUGGUCCACCCGGCCAACGGCUCGCUCAUCGUCUGCGGCAGCCGCUACAAGGGCAUCUGCUCGCUGCUCAACCUGACCAACGUGGAGCAGCAGCUGUACUACAGCGACAGCAAGGGCGAGAGGACCUACGUGGCCAGCAUCGAGGACAACGUCAACGUGGUGGGCGUCAUGUCCACGUACCACCUGAGGGACAUCCAGGACGAGUUCAGCGUCUUCGUGGUGGGCAAGGGCUACGGGCGGAUGGACAGCACCAAGCUCAUCAGCACGCGCAUCCUGGAGGACCGGCGCGAGUGGGUGGUGUUCGAGAGCAUCGUGGAGGCCUCGGCCGUGCAGACGGCGCCCUUCGCGCCCAAGCACCAGCACGACUUCCGCCACGCCUUCAAGGACGACGGCUUCGUCUACUUCCUGUUCUCCAGGACCCGAGAUGGGACGGACAACAAGAACCUGACGUAUGUGUCGCGCAUCUGUGAGUCGGACAACAACUACUACUCCCACACGGAGCUGAUGCUGAGCUGCGGCCCGGGGAACCGCUACAACAAGGUUCAGGCCGCGUACGUGGCCAUUCCCGGCAAGGAGCUGGCCCAGAGCUUGACCGAGUCGGGCCAGAGCAGUAAGGUCAACCACAUGGAGAAGGUGCUGUUCAUGGUGGCCAGUUCGCCGGAGGAGGACGGCGACUCCAACUCGGCCCUCUGCAUGUACCCGCUCAAAGCCAUAAACGAGCGUCUGGAGGAUAUCAUCAACGCCUGCUACUUCGACAUGGGGUCCAUCGGCGGGAAGCCAGCGGUGGACAUCCCCUACUUCUCUAAGAGAGAUGAGUUCUGUAAAACCCCGAUUGCCCCGGACACGUUGGUAACCUGUGGCGCAGACUUCUUGCCUUCUCCUCUGGCCAGUAAGCCUGAGUUUGGUCUGAAGGGUCAGCACGUCGAGGUCAGGGGCUUGCUGACCGCCGUGGCCAUCGCCGUGGAAAACGACCACACCAUCGCCUUCUUGGGAAACGACCAGGGAGAGGUCUCCAAGGCCCACCUGAAAGGCACGUCUGAAAUCUUUGGCAAGAUCCCAGGACUAACUGCGGGGGAACGGGUGAACAAGAACCUCUUCUUCGACCACGGAGAGGACUACCUUUACAUCACCACUGAGAAAAAGAUCACCAGGGUGCCGGUGCAGACGUGCAACCUGAAGACGGACUGCAAGUCCUGUAUCGACCUGAAGGACCCCUACUGUGGCUGGUGUGUCCUGGAGGGAAGGUGCACGCGGCGUUCCGAGUGCCGCAGGGCGGAGGAGAAGAACGGCUGGCUCUGGAGCCCCGGGCGGGAGUGUGUGAAGAUCCUCUCCUUCUCCCCCCCCAACCUCUCCUGUCACAAGACUCAGCAGGUGGAGAUCAACAUCCCGUCCCUCCCCACCAUCUCCGCGGCGGAUCGCCUGCGCUGCGUCUUCCAGGAGGACUUCCGGAGCAAGGGCUCAAUGUCAGGGACGGGCCAGGUCAUCUGUAACCUCCCAAACCCCGCGCACAUACCGGCCACGCCCGAAGGCCAAGAUUUCGUAGCUGUGCCGGUCAAGAUCUUCGUCAACGAGACGGUGGAGCUGGCCACCAGAGAGUUCAAAUUCUACAACUGCUCGGCCACCGUGAGGAAAGCUGAAAACACGCCGUGCAUGUCGUGCGUGGCCAGCCCCUGGGGGUGUCAGUGGAACACCCGCGACCACACCUGCAGUGACACCACCGACACCGUGAACGGACCCCACAUCAUCAAACAGCGGAAGGAACCGAGGUGCCCCCGCUUCGAGAACCCGGACCCCGUGCUCAUCCCCGUGGGCUUCCAGACCGCCAUUGGCUUCGAGGGGAUCAACCUCGAGCAGUAUGAGGGAAGAGCCUUUACAAUAGGAACUGAACUGAUGCGUAGCGUGGAGGAAGAGGUCACUUUGGUGGUGGGCCAGUUCUACAACUUCAAUGGCUUUAAGUUUUCCUACGAUAAAUCACAGGAGACCAACGUUCUGUUCUACGUGAAGGACAAGGAGUCCGGGAAAAAGAUAGACAGCACGCUGAACGUGACCCUCUACAACUGCUCCAACGGCCGGCAGGACUGCAGCCUGUGCAAGAACUCGGACCCCAAGUAUAGCUGCUUGUGGUGCGGCCACACCAAGUCGUGCGUCUACAACCAACUCUGCGACCAUGCGUCCCAACAGUGUCCGGAUCCCCUGAUCACCGACAUCAUCCCCCGCUAUGGCCCGAUGCUUGGGGGGAUCUCUGUCACCAUCCUGGGCUCCAACCUGGGCAUCCAGCAGGCGGACAUCAAGAGGAUCAGCGUGGCAGGCGUGCCCUGCAUCCACCAGCCGGACAAGUACUCGGUCUCCACCAGCGUGGUUUGUGAGAUCGGCCGCUUAGACCCCGAGAAGACAUCCUCGGGUCCGGUGGAGGUGGAGGUGGAGGGUGGGAAGAGAGGAACCUCAACCCUUGAAUUCACAUACAGGGACCCUAUUCCCCAGGAAUUCAAUCCCAGCAGGGGUCCCAAGGCAGGAGGCACCCUCAUCACCAUCAAAGGCAUGGCCCUAGACACGGGCAGCCAAGCUGACGUCCACAUCACUGUGGGCACGGUGGAGUGUGUCGUGGAGAAAUUCGGGCCGGAGAUCGCAUGCAGGACCGGAGAGUACCGGGACGACAAGGUCCCCUCAGAUCAACUCCACAUCAGCCUGAAGUACGGCAAGAGAACCACCACCGUCAUAGACAACGCCUUCCAGUACCUGGAGAACCCCAUCCAGGUGGACGUCCACCCCAGGGACAGCUUCAAAUGCGGGGGCAGGAACAUCGCCGUGUCGGGGUCCGGCUUCGACAUCAUCCAGACAGCGGUCAUGAAGGUGAAAUGCCUCAGGGAAGACCUCCUCGCCGAACCCAUCGCUUUCCAGAAGUCCCACAAGAAGAACGACACGGUGAUCGAAUUCCUGUCGCCCACGGUGAACUGCUCCUACGAGGGCCAGCAGCUGAAGGUCUACGUCCAGCUGGACAACUUCGAGAAGGAGCUGAAGUCCUUCGACUACCACCCCGACCCCACCUUCAACGAACUGCCCAAUAAAGUCAUCACCGAGGCCAGCAUCAUCAUCGUCACCGGUCAAGGCUUCUCCAAGGCCAUGACCUCCAAGGAGGCCCAGGCGUACCUGGGCGACGUCCCCUGUCUGGUCAACACCCUCCAGGACGACAAGCUGUUCCUAGACCCCCCCUCCACGCAGCCCCGGGCCCGCUCCAAGCGCCACCGGAGGGACACCAGGUCUGAGCCCCUGGACCUGCUGAUCAUGUUUGGAAAGGGGGAGUGGGUGGUGGGCUCGGUGCAGUACGAGAGGAAGUACGAGGUGCCGCUCCCCAUCAUCAUCUCCGCCGUGAUCGUGCCCAUGCUACUCAUCAUCGGCGUCUCCAUCUUCUGCUACAGGAGGAAGAGCGAGCAGGCGGAGCGGGAGUACGAGAAGGUCAAACACCAGCUGGAGAACCUGGAGGAGAGUGUGAGGGACCGCUGCAAGAAGGAGUUCACAGACCUGAUGAUCGAGAUGGAGGACCACACCAACGACGUCAGCGAGGGCCGCAUGCCCUUCCUGGACUACAAGACGUACACGGACCGCGUGUUCUUCCUGCCCUCCAAGGACGGCGCCAACGACGUCAUGAUCACGGGCAAGCUGGACAUCCCCGAGGCGCGUCGCGCCACCGUCACCCAGGCCCUCAACCAGUUCUCCAACCUGCUCAACUCCAAGACCUUCCUCAUCACCUUCAUCCACACACUGGAGGGUCGUCCGGAGUUCAACGCGCGUGCUAAGGUGUACUUUGCGUCGCUGCUGACGGUGGCGCUGCACGGCAAGCUGGAGUACUACACGGACAUCAUGAGGUCCCUGCUGCUGGACCUGAUGGAGAGCUACGUCCACAGCAAGAACCCCAAGCUCAUGCUCCGCAGGUCCGAGACAGUGGUGGAGAGGAUGCUGUGCAACUGGAUGUCAAUCUGUCUCUAUCAGUUUCUGAGGGACUCGGCGGGCGAGCCCCUUUACAAACUGUUCCGAGCCAUCAAGCACCAGAUCGAGAAAGGGCCGGUCGACGCCAAGCUGAAGAAAGCCAAGUACACACUCAACGACACACGCCUGCUGGGGGACGACGUGGAGUACUGUGUGCUGAACCUUCAGGUGCUGGUGCAAAGCGAGGGCCCGGACGUGACGCCGGUGAAGGUGCUGAACUGCGACACCAUCUCCCAGGUGAAGGAGAAGAUCAUAGAGCAGGUGUACCGCAACCAGCCCUACACACUGCGGCCCAAGGUGGACAGCGUCACGCUGGAGUGGCGCCCCGGCUCCACCGGGCAGAUCCUGUCAGACCUGGACCUCACCUCCCAGAAGGAGGGCCGCUGGAAACGCAUCAACACACUGGCACACUACAACGUGAGAGACAACGCCACCGUGGUCCUCUCCAGAGUGAAGCACACCCAGUAUAACUACGACCAGAACCAGGAGAGCCAAGAGGAGAGGAACGCCCUGCUGGAGGACGACAAGGUGUUCCACCUUGUGAGACCCAUGGAAGAGCUGGACGAGAUCAAGUCGAAGCGGGGCAGCCUCAAGGACAAGUCCAUGACCAAAGCCAUCACUGAGAUCUACCUGACGCGCCUGCUCUCGGUCAAGGGAACUCUCCAGCAGUUUGUGGACGACUUCUUCCGGAGUGUUCUGUGCUCCGGGGCAGUGGUGCCGCCCGCCAUCAAGUACUUCUUUGACUUCCUGGACGAGCAGGCGCUGAAACACGACAAUGUGGACGAGGAGACGGUCCACAUCUGGAAGACCAACAGCCUCCCUCUGCGGUUCUGGGUGAACAUCCUCAAGAAUCCCCACUUCAUCUUCGACGUGCACGUGAGCGAGAUGGUGGACUCCUCGCUGUCGGUCGUGGCCCAGACCUUCAUGGACGCCUGCACCAAAAGCGAGCACAAGCUCAGCCGGGACUCGCCGAGUAAUAAACUACUCUAUGCAAAGGAGAUUUCCACUUAUAAGAAGAUGGUGGAUGACUAUUACAAGGGCAUCAGGCAGAUGGUAUCUGUCAGCGACCAGGACAUGAACACUCAUCUGGCCGAAGUGUCUCGGACUCACACAGACAAACUGAACACAGAAGUGGCCCUGCAUCAGCUCUACCAGUAUGCCAGCAAAUACUAUGAUCUGAUCAUCGCUGCCCUGGAGGAUGACCCCGUCGCCCAGAGCAAACACUUGACCCUGCGUCUUCAGCAGAUCGCUGCGGCUCUGGAGCAUAAAUCCACCGACCUUUAACCCCCCCCCCCCCAAGGGAUGGAAGGGCGGACGGAUGGACAGACGGAGAGAAAAAAAAUAAGGGCCGAAAGAAGGACGCGAGCGAAGAGGGAGGGAGGGAGGGAAGGGAGGAUGCCAGUGUGUCCACAGUGGCUUAGGGAUGGAUUCCUCGGAAGGAAACAAGGAGGAAAGGAGGCAAGGAGGCGAGAUGAGGGGCCGAACCAUGCGAGCGUCUCUGCUGUAGGACCUCAAUGGGACUGACGCGGUACCGAUGUAGAGCGGGAGAGGGAGGAGGAGGAGGAGACGACAGCGUUGUGCUCUCCUAGCUAUGCCUUAAAGCUCACCUGCCAACCUCUAAGGUCCACAUGCGCCCAACCCCCCCAACCCAGAAUGCAGUGCAGGAGCUGGCGUGGGAGAGUAAGGCCCCUGGCGCUGGAGAUAAUCAGACCCUCCGUCCCGUAUAGAAGAGGUUCCAGGAGGAGUUGAUGGAUAAUAUAUAUAUUUUUUAAUUGUGUGUGCGUUCUUAUGCGGAUAGCUUUAUAAGGAGAUGAUUAUCUUUUUAAACGGAUCGCCUUGUGGUGCAAAGUGUUUCUAUAUGCCUGUGUGUGCGUGCGUGCGUGUCUGUGUACAGCGUGUACGAUAUGUGAACAGGAGCGGGUGUGCCUACCUGUGCGUUAGUCUGUGUGUGCGUGUGUGUCGGUCCGCUGUUAAGCAUGGGGGGUUAUAGGGAAGCCCCUUGUUCUAUCGGUUUGAACCCCCCCCUGACCCCCGGAUGAGAGCCUGAGCUCUCCCUGUAUCAUUUCACCAGAAGAGACCAAAGGUUCUGCUGGUGGGGGGGGGGGGGGGGGGGGGGGUGCUGGCUCAUCUUCUCAAAUCAUAGGUGUCCCAGCGACACGGCGCCGAGACGUGUUCCAUUUCUGUCGUCGACGGUUCUUAGGCUCACUGUCGUCGCUUCGAGCUCGAUUGCCGUUUUUUGUUGUGCUUGUUGAAAUCGAUAAAUAGCACAGUCAGUUUCCCUUUAUUGUAAAAAUGCCACGACACAUUCCACUCAGAGUAAAGCACAGAGUAAAUGAAAACUUUUUUUUUUUUUAGGGAUCAUUUGAAAAUUGCUUAUGAAUGAUAAAGCGUUCGAGCUUGCUUGUGUAAGCGGACGAUUGAUAACAUUCAAUUACAGAGCCGGUGACUUAAUAUUAGCCCUGCAAUAAUGUCAAUGUAAAAUAAUUCACAACACUGUAGACGGUACAAGAGGCAAAACAGUUAUUAUGGUAUCAAUGCAGCAAUACAUGUGGAAACUGUCCAGCUGAUUCGUUUAUGGAAAGCGUAGUGUUACCGUUGUAAUGCGUUUAUAAGUGGUGCCAUUUUUAUAGUAUUAGCAUUUUACCAAUUUCAAUAGUCGCGCUACAUUUCUGCCUCCUUUGUUGAUAAUGCUGAUGUUAAUGCUUUUGUGAAAGGAUAUUCGAGAGUUCUAUGGUACGUUUUUGAAGAAGUGAUAUUUGUUUUAGCUUUGGUGUGAUGUCAUGGGGCUCAGGUGAAAGUAUCUACAUACAUGAUUGUAGGAAUCGUUGGAGGGUUCAUGUGUAAACGUUAGAGUCCAAAUAGGAUGGUUGCUAUUACUUUCGUCCUUGUAUACUUUAUUCAUGCUGAAAAAAGAAAGAACUGAUAAAUAUAUACAUAUAUAUAUAUGAAUUAGGGUUUGCCUUGAAUAUUCAGUUGGCAGAUUGGUACUCGGACAUUACCCCAUAAGAUAUGUUCUUCAGUUUUAAUAGGAGCAAAACUAGAUGCCUAAGAAAUCUGAGAACAUUUAAAUCAAAAUCACACCAAUAGGGAAAGAAGAGGGUCUCGAGAUGACAACGGACAUGCUCUUAUUACGGGGGUUUGUCAUGUUAAAUCGACGGAGCCCAUCACCAUGAGUCUAUUUAUUGAGCAGUAUAAACGCUGCCUCGGGCCACACUUCAUGUUUAUUGGCUCAUUUAUUAAAAGAGAAAGCUCUGCUGUUUGUUCAUGAACUGCGGCGAAGAUUAAAAGCAUUUCGGCAUACGGCCCUGAUUUAUUUCUAGGUUUUUCUAACAGUCAACUGAUAGCGACCACGUAUGGUAACGGAGCCCAAAGAGCUCUCCAGACCCCAGAAUGUGAGCGAUUCCUGCCUUAGCUGGUGUAAGUGUGUAUUAUUUUGCACAGGGCCCAAGCAUGCCUGCCUGCCUGCCUGCCUGUCUGUCUACCCUGAAGGCCCUGCUCAAACACAGCAGGGGGUCCUGGCAUUCUGACCCACAGCACUCGGGGCUGGUCACUCAGAACGGCGCAGAGCAACACUCCAUAUAAGUGAAGCAGCAGGGAAAGGGGGGUGGGGUUGGGGGGGGGGGCAAUGCUUUUGAUCUUGACCGCUGCAAUCCAUCCCUAUCGCCGCUUACCGCCGGUGUCCUCUCGACGAAGAGAGUGAUGCAAGACGCUUUUUUCGAAGCCCUUUUUCCUUAACCAAAAAUGUGCCUUACCGAUAGGACGACGCGUAGAUAUAUAGAUGUGUCCUUUCUAAAAUUCUAUCGAUAACUUAAAAGUGAUUUAUGAUUCUAGUGCUAUAGACACAGCAAUGUAUUUGGAAUUGUGAUUUUUUGUGUGCUGUCAAGAAAAGAAAAAAAUAUAUAAAGCUAAUCACCCUGCUGCAGCCAUGUGCGUGCCAAUAGGCUGAAGACAUUGUUUUAUUUUAUGUGCACUUUUCCUUUUUGGGUGUCUGUGGUGUGUGUGUGUGUGUGUGUGUGUGUGUGUGUGUGUGUGUGUGUGCUUAGUAGGCCUUCUGUGACUAUGGCCCAAGCGAAUAAAUGUAAAGCAAUGUCCAUCCCCAAAUUCCCAUUCAAAUGGUUGGAACCCUAAAAAUUCGCCUCAAGUCAAAAAGGAUAAUUGUGUGUAGAUCGAUUAUAGCUCAAAACUGUUGCAAUGGUGUUUUUCCUUCUUUUGCUGUGUGUUUCUACCGUGUGUAUGAUUAAUGACUAUCUAUACUCGACAAAAGAGCUUUCUUACUGCUGUGCAGUUAUUUUUGUUUCCUAUAACAUAUAUACCUUUGUAAAAACAUGUUGAAAUACUGUACUCUUCACUGUAUAAUCCUAUGCAUUGAGUCCUGGGGCGUGGGGGGAGGGGGGAAUUAAGUUUAUUUGUGCAGUUGUCGAGACAUUUUCUCCUCUCCCUUCCAUUUUGAAAACUUGUGAAAGUGCCGUGGUGAUAAAAACUAAACUGGAACGGUCUCAUUUUCAACGCUGGCGAAAGCAAUGUCCCUUUCAACCCGAGGCAGCUCACAAGCCAAUCUUGAUCUGUUUCGUAGUGGAUGAACUCACUCCUCCAAAGUUUAUGUGCGUGCGUGUGCGUCUGUGUGUGUGUGGAUGGAGCAUUUACACAUGGGUUUCAUCACCCACGCCACCGUGAAUAAAUUUCUCAGAGAUGUCUAA